AUGCCGGAUUUAAAUCGUCGGGUGAAGUUGAAUGUUGGCGGCCAACUCUUCGAAACAACUGUUGGCACCCUAUCACGCGUACAUGGCACAACGCUGGAAAAGCUUGUUGAAAAUAUUGAUGCAUGUGGAAAUGAACCAAUUUUCAUCGAUCACGAUCCGAAAUAUUUUUCUUCUGUGCUGAAUUUUCUUCGUGAUGGCCGCAUUCCACUUCCAGAUAACAUCAAGGAUAUAGACGAACUACGAAGGGAGGCACAGGUUUACCAGGAUAGUUGUUGCGUGGAUGUAACAUUCGCAAUGUUCAACUACUUAUACCAUAUACCAGCGAAAAUGCUACAAUUGGUAGGAAACGGCUACACGUCAACUGAAGAAUGA